CCAGUUUUGGCGGGAGGGGCGCGAGCCGCGCUCGGGCCGAAGCUGACGCCAGUUUCCGCGCUGGGAGGCUCCGUCUGGGGCCAAGCUAAGCCGCUGCCCCGGUGGAUGGGUGGGGGCGGGCGGGGUGCUAAACAGCCGGAGGAAAGGAAAGAAGGGGGGGCGCGGAAGAAAGAGGCGGGAACGGGAGGGGAGAUGUUGGGGAAGCGGCUGGCCUGGGAGAAGAGCUCCUGCUAAAGUUAUUUCUCUCUCCCCCCCUCUAUUUCCUUCCUUCCUUCUUUCCCUCCCAAGCCCGGGAAGGAAGAGAGCAGGACUUCUUGAGAGGAAAUGCCAAGGUAAAGGCGCUGAAGGAGGUUGCUUUUGUUUUGUUUCGGCCCGAAGCUUUGGGCUGGCUCCUCUUCUUCGCGCGCGGUGUUUUGGGUUAAAAAAUAAACACCAGAGUGAGAGAGUGUGUGUGUGUGUUUGUGCGCAUGUUACAUUUUAGCAGAAACCGGCGCACCCGGUUGCUUUGCAAAAAAAAAAAAAAGUUCGGGCUUCUCUUUGGCAGCGGCGCAUCUCCCGUCCUUUGCCUGCAAGCGAGUCAGAUAAUACGUAUAUAUGUGUGUGAGAGAAUGCGCGCCUCGAAGCCCAUCUGAAAGACUUCUUCAUUUGUUUCUUCCUUCAGGGUCUUGCGUUAGCCUUGUCGAGAGGAGGAGGAGGAGAGGGGCGUUUAAGCUCUUUAUUACUCGGAGGAAGAGAGCUUGGCAGAUGUCCCAAGCGAGAGAACCUCUUCCUUCAGGGCCUGAAGGGCCAGAGCGCGCAGCUCCGGCUGAAAGCAGCUUUUUGAUCUCGCUCCCUCGAGGUAAGUUGCUCGAAAGUUUUUCUUCUGGGGGGGAAGAGCCGCGACGGCUGAACAGCUGAAAUGAUGCAGCUGAGAUUAGGCUGUGUGCAUUGGGAAGGGGAGGGGUGGGUGUGUUGCCUUUUCCAGGCCGCUUACAGCUUGCUUGCUUACCUUCCCUACAUCCUGUUAGGAAAGUGGGGUGGGUGGGGGGGGGGUGGAAUUAUUCUGCAAUACAGGCACAAAAUGAGGGGUUUUGUGUCCCUGUGUCACUUCCUUCUCCAGAGCUUUUGUCUAGAUGCAUUGGCUGUUCUUCACUCCUGGCAUUUUUUUGUUUGUUGCCAUUUUUGCCACACCUCCCAAAUUCCGAAGCAGGCCGAGGAAUGCUGGACUAAAUAUGUACAAAACCCUUAUUUUUCGCCUUGUAGAGUAGUAGUUUUGAAACUGGAGGGGAGGGGGCAGGUGCUCUCAGGCUAGGCCUUUAUCUUCUCCCUACCAAGCUGCCUGAAAGUGUGCUCAUGAGCAGCUGCUCCAGAGUAGAUAGGCUUUAAAAUGCUUAUACAUGCAACAAAAUGUUUGUAGCUCAAUGACUGUAGCUCAGUGGUAGAACGUCUGCUUUGCAUGUAGAAGGUCCCAGCACCUCCAGGUAGGACAGGGAGGGACCACUAUCUGAAACCCAGGAGAGCGGCUGCCAGUCAAUGUAGGCAAUACUUGAGCUUGAUGGACUACUGGUUGGUCAGUGUAAGGCAGCCUCCUAUGUGUAGCUGGCUGUUUACUUUCAAUUUUGUUUUAAAAUUUGCCUUCCAGAUUCACUAGGCGACAAGUUUAAAGUGAGCACAUUCAAGUAGGAGGAUGGUCACGUGACACUGUUUAUUGUAAAGGUUUCCGUGUUUUAACAACAUUUAAAGUGUUUUAGAUUUUGGAAUACCUUUUUCUAUAAAUAAAAUGAGAGGCAUUUAAGUUAUUUUUUUUCUUUUACAGGCAAUAUGUAGUAUUUUAACCACUUCAUUGUUUUUAUUCAUUUAGAACUGACACUUUGUCUUUAAAUGAUACUCAACUAUGCACAAUAAUAUUUGAAGACCAAAAUAAAUACUUACACUAGUCCACAACUGUAUAGUGGCAAUAUUGUUGCAGCAGCAAUCUAAACUCAGGGAUGAAUUUGACACACUAGCAAUAUGUGUUAAUAAUAACAAACCUUUCUUCUUGUAGAAGCGCUUAACUAUCCUUGCCAUGUAACUUUCGUCAGAAGUAAACUUCUAAAGAAUUCAUAGGGAAAAUCAAUAACAGCCCAAUCCAAGGAAGGUUUACUUUAAAGUAAAUCCCACUGUGAUCAGUGGGAUUUUCACACUCAUAAAGAACAUUUGAUUGCAGCCUUUUAAUAAGUUGAAGGUAAAUUCCAUUUAACAUGGUGGUACAGUACUUACUGAAUAAAACACGCAUAAGAUUGAACUGUAUGGCACAGAGUUGCUGCAGAGGUUACUAAGGUAACUUUUCCACUUACACAAUGGCAGUGACUAAGGGUAUCUUUUACCAGUGUUGUCCAGUGCACGAGUUACACCUCUCCCUGGCAAAGUUGGACAAAGUCAUGGUCAUUCAUGCCCUAGUGAUCUCCAGGUUGGACUUCUGUAAUGCAUUCUAAAUAGGAUUGCUUAGCGUUUUCAGAAAAUUCAGCUAUGACAAAAUGCUGCCAGUUUAUUAUCUGGAGUUGGGUGUAUGCCUGCAAACAUCAGAGAUGUUUUAUGGAACACUUUUUGAGCUAUUAAGGAACAAUAUAUAAUGUAUGGACAUACUUAGGCCACUUCCAUGAGCAUUUCUCAGAUUUGAAACCUGUCUAUGGUCUGUUGCAGUGUAUGGGUAUCUCGUUUACUUAACACACAUGGAGAUGCAAACAAGAAUCAAACUUACUUGCUUUUUGAGAUGCCUUAAAUGUAUCUCAGGUCUUUAAAAAAAGCAAGAUUCCUUUCCAUAGAAUCUGUAUUAGAACCAUUCUUCUUUGUAUGGCUAUGUUGUCAUCAAAGAAACCGUGAUGUGAAGCUUCCCAUUCAUAGUUUGUUUGUGUGAAGCAAACCACAAUCCCUGGUUGUAUGUAACACUAAGCCAGGGUUGUGGUUUGCUGCAUGGUAAACUGUUAACUUUUGACCAAACUGCAGGAGGCAGUGGAAGACAGGAGUGCCUGGCGUGCUCUGGUCCAUGGGGUCACAAAGAGUCGGACACGACUAAACGACUAAACAACAACAAACUGUUAACUGUGGUUAUAGUUGGCUCAUGCACACAACAUUUUAUUCUAGAAUCAAUGGAGACUAAGGUAUUUGUUUUUUCCUGAUAAAGUUCACAUACAGUCUAGAUCUAUUGCAUAUUUUUAGCCCCUGAAAAACACUUCUUGAUAAACUGGUUUCAUUCAGAAAACAAAAGUUACCGUAUUUUUCGCUCUAUAAGACGCACCAGACCACAAGACGCACCUAGUUUUUGGAGGAGAAAAACAAGAAAAAAAUAUAUUCUGAAUCUCAGAAGCCAGAACAGCAAGAGGGAUCGCUGCGCAGUGAAAGCAGCAAUCCCUCUUGCUGUUCUGGCUUCUGGGAUAGCUGUGCAGCUGUGCAUUCGCUCCAUAAGACACACACACAUUUUCCCUUACUUUUUAGGAGGGAAAAAGUGAGUCUUAUAGAGCAAAAAAUACGGUAAUUGCAGAUUGACCCUGCAUUGUUCUGCAGUGUGUCCAUUUGAAAACAGAUGUAGGCGGUCCCAGAAAUGCUCCUUCCAAUACCUUGCUACUACUGGCCUAGCUGCCAACAAGAACAGACCAGUAAGAUGUUUGAAAUGCAGGUUCAUAUUAUCUCCCAAGCAAGUUAAGCCGGAUUCAGGGAUUUAAUGAUGUUUUGUCCGGUUAUGGCACAAAAACCCCCAAAUAUUGAUUCCCACAAUGUGACCACUUUUCACAGGUCCACCGCAUGGUGUGACGCUGUUGACAUGCACCUCCUCCAGCAAGUUUGGGGUGAGUGGCGCUGAUAUGGGCUAGUCUGGCUGGUGCUGAGUUUCUUUAACAGAAGUGGACACCAAUAUGAAGGAAAAUGGAUUUGAAGGUGGCAUGCACCAGGAUUGCAAUCACCAAUUCUUUCUUCGUUUACCUUGGCCAUAUGCAGGGAGAAAAAGGCAUGGAUAGUCUAAUCACAGGAAGAGUUUUAAAGCACACAUCAGGUGACUUGACCCUGCAUACCCCGUUGUGGAUGGCUUACUCUAGAAUCAAUCAAGAUUAAAAGCAUGUUGAGGACAAGCAUAAAUGAUUCAACAUUGAGAAAAACUACAUUUCCAGCUAUGUACUGUUACUUGUAUCCCAGAUUUUAUGUGUAAUCUCAGUGCCAUUUUAGAUACUAGUAUAAAGAGAGAUGAUCUAUUUAUGCUGUUUAGUGCUACAGUUGAAAGAUCAGCCUCAAAAUUUUGCCAUUUUCUUAGGGCCAAACUAUCCUGUGCAGCAGACCCACAUCUUUUAAAAACAGAUGAACACCAGUAAUGUAUAAAGUGGAAAAUGAGGAUGUAAUUUAAAAGGUCAUAAGGGUGUGUGAUUGUGGAGAGAGGAGGCGGAACUUUUUGCCUGCCAAUGAAAUUAGGAGUUGUCUGGAUGUCAAGCUGCCACCCUAUUUCCCUCACCUACUCACCUUCUGUAAUUCCAGAUGUUUGGGUGGUAGUCAGUGGUGAGAAGUAUUCAGCACAUGGUCAUAUAUUAUUACUUAGUUGUGGUGCACCAGAGAUUUCCCCCCCUAGAGAUUUUUGCCCUACAGGUGCAAAAAUCUUCCUAGAGAUUUUUGCCCUACAGGUGCUUUACUAUCCUGUUGCUGCCAGGCAUAUACAUUUUUAUGUUCCCAAACGUUUUAGAUGCAGUUUUAAUUUUGCUAACUAUUUUAUUAUUUUGUGGCUUUUAGUUUGCUGUAUUUUUUGUAUUUUCAUGUUAUUUUGUAAACUGCCCUGGGAAUAUAAUUGAAAGGUGGCAUAAAUAUUCUUAUAACAAACCAAAUUGUGAAGUUCCUGCCUUCCUUGCCAUAAUUGAGGAACUGCAACCAGACUUGCAACGAUUUGUUGGUACCUUCUCCUUCACACUCUUCCUUGCAUUCACGCUAUCAUUCUGAAUGGUUAAUGGACCUCACCAUUACAAAAAAUAAAGCAGUGCAAGCAGAUACUUCCUGAAACACCUGAAACAAAGAUUGAUUAAUUGAAACAUUGGUAUGUUUAUAAUUAGGAGGAAAAUCUUAUUCUGGAUGAGAGCUGAGCCUUGGCGGCUCAGAUCUGAAGCACAGGACAAGGGAGUGGGUGCAAGAUCUGAGCCAAAUGGAGCCAAACUCUAAUAUGGAAAUGUGGGGGCCUUGUCUGUCAUAGAAAUUCAGCCAAUGGAAUGGCCCUCCACUGAGUAGAUUAUGUACUAUUCAGUCACUAGCUGCAUUUGUCUUUGUAUGAUGAUGCUAACAGGAGUCAGUAAUAUCUGCAAAGCUUGAGAGACAGCAGCCCAUAAUACGCACAGUUGAGUCAUCAUGUAACUUACUGUAAAUGUUUCUGAGUUCUGAUUUGAGUUGGAGCUUUUUUGAGUUUGGAGAACUGCAACAAGUAAAGUGAUGCAGCUGUCUUUUAAUUUUAUUUCUCCUGCUCACCCCCAUUCCCCUUUGGUUAGAGAGGCUUCCCACUUGUGUUGCAGUUGCCUAAAAGUGCCACUCAGGACUCAUAGAUCUGUAACCUGUUGUGAACUAAAAGUAUUCUAGAACAGUGGUUCCCAAUUGGUGGCCCACGGAUCCCAGGGGGUCCACAUAACUCACUCAAGGUGUCUGUGGCACCGUUCACAUAACAAAAACUACCAUAAAGGUAUCAAAAAAUUCAAAAGCAGGGGAUCCAUGGCUUGGAUUUUAUAAAACAGUGGGUCCACAGUACUUAGCUAACGGGGGACCACGGUCCUAGAAGGUACAUUUAUAGCACAAUCUUAUGCAUGUUUACUCAGUUGUGUUCAGUGGUGCUUUUUCCCUAAUAAGUGUGUUUAAGAUUUCAAACUUAGUGAGGUUAUUAUUUAUUGUUUAAUAAUACUGUAUAGAGAAUGAUAGAUAAGUGAACAAAGUGAUUUUCUAAGGACGUUUUGCUGCAUAUCAACUCCAAAUUGGGUUGUAACUUGAGGUUGGUAAGUGUGAAAUGAAUAUAGCCGUCACACAGUUUCUUAGAUGGGCAGAUAUGCUUUGGAAAGAGGUACUUUUUAUGAGAGAAAGCUAUGACAUUUUUGCUAUUGUGCUCAAUAGAAAUAACAGUAAAUCAAUACUGCUAAAAUAUCGAGUUUCACAAUUACUCUAAUUUUUCCAGAUUUUGUGCCACCUUUUACUGGUAACUGCUUUUAAUGUUAUGAGUAAUUGGAUUCCCCCUCCUGCCCCUCUUAACGGUUGAAAAAGUUGCUAAGAUUUUUCGUAUUUAUUAAAUGCUACAGUUUUGAGUGAUGAGUAAUACCCUUUGAGACAAUAGUGUCUUGUAUUAUCGUCUUAUGUUACAUUGUUCUUCUUGCUUCUAACACAACUAUGAAUUUAUUAGUAUCAGCCAAGAAAAUGCAAGAUUUCUCGACAAGCUUAAGUGUAAAUGUCGCAAGGACAUACUUCUGCAUUCAGUUUCUUGUGCAUAAUUUCAGUUAAGAUGAUUAAUUCCCAUGUGGCGGUGACACAUGCAUAUUCUUCUGAAGUCAAAGCCUAAACGACUUUAGUGACAUUGGCUUUUACCUCAUACUAUCUUGGUCUGCCUAGUACAGCAGUUUCCGAUCUCGGAUUCUUUUCCAGUCAGAACUUUGAACCGAGUGAUGCGGUAUGGGCAAACGCAACAGAGUUGAUAUUUUCUUUGAAGUUUCUGCUGCAGUCAUUGCAAUACUAAAAAGGCAAACAGCUUUUUACUUUGAAAUAUGACAUGGCUCUUGUAGAGUUGGAAGGGACCCCAAGAGUCAUCUAGUCCAGCCCCCUGCAAUGCAGGAAUCCUGCCCGCAGCCGUUCCUAGGUGGGCUCGAACCACCAGCCUUAUGGUUAACAGCCAGAUGCACUGAUCCAUUGCACCACAGAGACCACCUGCCAUGGAACCUUUAAAGAAAGAUCUGUCAUCAGUCACAGCUCUUCAGUGCACAUGUACCGGUACAUUGUUUAAUUGAACUACAAUACACAUAUCUAAAGGUUGGCUAUGAAAGUAUCUAAAAUGCACUUCCUAAAUUCAAAAUGUUUAUGCAAAAUUUGCUUUCCCUUUAAUUAUGUUUGCCAAUUCUAAAAUAGUGCAGAUUGGGGGUAUUUGUGUAAUCGCUGAAGUAUGUAGGCUGGAAAGCACUUCAAAAGUUGGCCACAUAAGGAUAUUUGGAAUUGCUUUAUUAAAUAGGAUUUUGUUCAUAUGACUGGUGCUUUUCUUAAAUUUAGAUAUAUGAAUGUAACAUUAUUUUUCUGUGUAUCAGAAAUCUUCAGCUUCUAUGCGUGUGUGUGUGUGUGUGUGUGUAUGUAUAUAUAUGUGUGUAUCUAUCUAUCUAUCUAUCUAUCUAUCAUCUAGGGUUAGUCUUUUAAAAGAGGCCCCGUGGAACAUGUGUACUGUGUAUCCAUGGGGCCUCUUUUAAAGGACUCACCCUGUGUAUAUAUAUACAUAUAUGACAUGACUAAACAGCAACAUGCAUGCAUGCAUGCAUGCACACACACAGAGAGAGAGAGAGAGAGAGAGAGAGUGUAUCUGUGCAGCAUGACUCACCCUUUCUUGUGAUUCUGGCCAAAGUACUUUGGAGUUUAAGUUUUCAAAUGGACUGUGAAGAACUUUGGAGGUUCAAAGUUUUUAAUUGUACAUAACUCCAGUGCUUUCCAAUAACACAGAGCCAGUCCUGUGUUACAGAGGGAACAUGAUUGUUGCGCUUUUGAGGUUUCAUCCCAUGUGAUCAGUGAUGUUGGAAUGAGGGAGAUCUCACAGGAGAGCCAAACAGUGGGGUUGCUUGCCAUACUAACAUGUCUUGCCCAUGUGACCAACACUUUAUAAGACCAGCAGGUUGGCCUUUUGGUGCUUCUCUCAACUGAGGAUGUAAGAAAUGAGAGGGCAUCUAGUAAGGCCUUCUCAGUAUCAGCUUCAACACUUUGGAAUGACCUCUUUAUGGCGGUGUGCCUUGCACCAUCAUUUCUUUAAUUUAGUACACAGAUGUGGAACUAUAGGUAUUACAGAAUUACAAUAUAGCUGGAACUUCUGAUGCUGAUACUAAUGCUGAUAUUUUAGUUUGCUGUUUAAAUGUUUUAUAUUAGGUAUUUAUGCAUUUUUAAAAAAAAACUGCAGAACACUCUGUGACCAUUUUGUAAAUGCUGGUACAGAAAUGCUUAAGUAUAUAAAAUAAUACUUGAAAAUGAUAUCAUUUUUACAGUAGGUGGCAAAGGUUCCAGCUGUUUAACAACAGCAACAACUAAGGACUCAGCUAUACAGCUGCAAAUAAAACAUUUUAAGUGUGUUUUAAGUGCAAUAUACAAUGUGACACUAGAUGGCGAUGGUGAGCCUUAUGGAAAAUUCAAUGUAUUUUUAAAAACGCUUUUUUAAAAAGCGUUUUCAGAACAUUUUUUUAUAUGUGUGUAGAUUCCACAUAAAACUCACCCUCUCAUUUAGGCUACAAAGAAAAGAAAACCAAGGGGGAAACCUGGAGUGGAUUUUUGUAUGAAAAGGCUGAGACUGAGAGUUUGGUUUUGGUUCUCAAAAUAAAUUCCUGUGCUAAUCAUAUGUUCUAAGAUACUGUUUACCCUUCAUUAACUCUUAACAGUAUGUCUGGACCUCUGAGCCACUAUGCAAACACUUGGCUCCAGCUUGCGGAACUCCGAGAUCAAGUAAUCACCACCACCACCAAAGCAGAUCCUACAAGUGUGAAGUCUCUUUACCCCUUAGUAUGUUUCAGUGUGGGAAUGGUUAGGACAGAAGGAGAAGUAGUUUUCUUAACUUGCUGCAACUGAAUAAUAAAUUGGGAGAACAAUCAUUAUAUAAUUUUAAUUAUCCUUAAUCUCUUUGCUAAUACUUAACUCUUGCAGUUUAGCCAUGAACAAUUUAUAAGAGAACGGUUUGGUAUAUUCUUGUUGAUAAAGCAGCUUGGAAAGGAAGGGGUAAAUCUUCUUAAAUUGCUUAUAGUGUAAUCCUUUGUUGUUGUUUAGAAAAAUGUGAUAGAGGAAGAACAGCGCUAGGAGAGAGAGAGAUCAGAGAACCUUCAAAUAACCCAAAUAUACAAGUAGAUACAGAGGACCAGCCUGUCUGGGGGAAUUGCACUGGUGAUGACCUCAUCAGAAGUAAGUAUUUCCAGAACUAAUUGCUGCUGUUUAGACUUGCCUUUUUAGUGUAAUCUUGUACUGACUGUUGAUGUAGCUAAAUCUGUGUCAAAUGCAUUUGUGUAGAACUGUAAUGUGUGUCAAUAGAAUUUCUUCUCAGGGAUGAUUUCUGUCAGUCUUCAUCAUCAAAGAGUACCUAGAGAUAAACAAGCUGUUUUUGUGACUUGAGCAAACAUGCAUUAUACCAUGUCAGGCAGCGCAUCUGUGCAAUUAUUAUUUUAAGAUCCCAUAAUGCUGUUUUCCAUUAAUUCCAAGGAAAGCAAGUGCCCUUCGAACAAUCUUGAGAUUUGUCAGUCUUGUUGUGUGUUAGGGAGAGAGGAGAGCGCCUUCAGAUUCUCUACAGAAGGCAGUGAUUCAAGUUUUCAAGUUAUAAAUUCAAAUUUCAUCCAGCCUGAUUUCCGUGAGUAGCUAGUCUUAAUGGCACCAAUUAUCUGCUUUUGCCUGUCUCCCCCUCAUACAGAUGGGAUAAUAUAGGGCCAGUCCUAUCAAAUUCUGCUUGUGGAUUUCCCUUAGGCAUUUGGUUGGCCACUGUGAGAACAGGAUGCUGGACCUAGAGGGGGUGUUUGCCUGAUCCAGCAGGUUCUUAUGUUCCUAAUUUCCAGGUCUGCAGUGAACAGGGAUGUUCACAACAAUAAAUGAGGGUGUGCAGGAAAGUGCGGUGUAUGUAGGAAGUUGUCUUAUGUGUAAAAUCUUCACUCCUGCAUCAGUGGCUUUAGAAGAUUGGGAUGAUGGUUUGCAUGUUUCGUGCAGCACGUGUUCUUGAUGGGUCUUCCUUAAUGGUCUAGUAAAACUGCAUUGGGAUUAAAAGAUAUGAGUAUUCCAUUGUGUAGAAAAUGGAAUCAGUCAAAAGUGAACAUUUUGGAUUGAGGACAUACAAAGCAAUUAUUUGGAAAAAAAAUAAGAAUUGUUAAGUAAGACUGAUUUGCCAAGGAAUUUGCUUUUCUGUGUUGCUUUGAACAUAAUACGCAUCAUAAUUUUAACAAGAGCCUUGCUUUCUGUUUACUGCUGCCUUAAUGACUCAAUAUUUUUUUCUCCUUCCAAAUGGAUUGUUUAUCCACCUACGCAGUUUCAAAUAUUGCUCUGUUUGUUAUAAGUCUUCUUAGCUUUCCCAUUAUAAAUGUUUCCAGAUGUUUUGUUUUUCUUAUUAUUGUAAAAAAAAAAAUACAGCAAGAUAAUAACUUUUGGGCAGUUAAACAGCUUAACACUGUCAGGAAAUUCUUCUUAAUGUUCAGUCUUAAUCCUUGUUCUUGUCAUUUGGACACCUUGCUUCAGCUUCUACCCUGUGGAUCAGGCCUGGGGAGUUUUGUUCAGCCUGAGAGCUACAUUCUUUCAUAAGCAGCUUUCCAGGGGCUGCAUAGCACUGACAGGCAUAGUGAGAAGCAAAAGUGGAUAUGACACUUGCCUUCCACAGUAGGAUACAUUCCAGCCUCACAAAGGUCCAUGAUUCUAUCCCACUUCUCCUUCCAGGUAUUAGCAAGAAGAGGCAUCAUCAAUGUUCAUGAGCAUGUUCCAUCUAGGCAAAAGCACUUAAGAUGGACACAGAGACCUGGGAGAGGGUACAUGACCUAAGGAGAACCCUGACUGAGGGCCAAACAGAGACCUGAAGAGCUGCUUUUGACCUUGUGGCCUGAGAUUCCUCACCCUUUCCAUAGAGCAGCAGAAAAUAAAUAGGGUCCAUCAUGUAUGUGACAGCCCUUCAGAUAUUUGAAGAUGACUGUUACAUCUCCUCUUAGUUUUCUCUUCUCCAGGCUUCAUGUAUUUAAUUCAUUCAACGAUUCCUUCUUUGUGUUUUCUUUAAAAUUGACAUUUUCCUAGUAAAUUAAGAGAAGUUAAAAAUUAAAAAAUGAGAAAUAAACUUAGAGUUGUAUCCAUAAUGCAAGUAAACAUACUAUUGUCACAUCAUGCCUUGCUAUUUUCACCCUUCAAAGUGCAAUGUUACGCAGCCAAUCAUUUCAGCUUUUAAUUUGAGCACCUUUAGGAUCUUAUGAGACAUUUUCCUUGAAAAGAGAAGCUGUCUGAUUCCAUUGUCACCAUUCACAUAAGAACAUAGCCUAUUCUGCCAGAUUCCACCAAUAUACUUGUUUUUCCAUUAUUUUUCUUUGUUUGAAUGACACACAUUACUGCAAAAUUACCAUAGUAGGAGUUAAUUCAGCACAAUUUGUUCGAUAUUCUAUAGCAAUAAGCAAUAGAAGUUGAAGGAGCAAUAGGCAUGGGUCUUGUAGACUUGUUCAGAUUUAAUCUUCCUGUUGCUCAAACAGGACUUCAGCUUUGUGAUAUUUAAGAAAACAAGAAGCAUCUCCCAUAUAUUCAAACUGUCAUGAAUAAUUGAUUAAUAAUAAUCCAGUUCUCAAGAUUAAAUAGCCUAUUAUAUGCUGAAGUUUUACAGAUAGAAAGGUCACUGCCAUCCAUCAUUUCAGCUUCAAAUUUAUCCUCUUCUUCACUAAACAUCCACCUUGUUCUUUCUGGAAAGGGGUAUUUUUAUCCAUAUUGGAGGGAGUGGGGAGGAUAAACUUCUGGGAUAUGUUGUGUACUAUUCAGUAAGUGGAGAAAUUUGGUAAACCCAAGCCAUAAAAAAAUGUAAAACAAGCACCUUUCAAGGUAAUGCACCAAUGUACUAAAAUAAAAAUAAAUAAAAAUCCCCCACAGUGCUAGAGAAGCUGAAGUAGUAGUUUUUUCAGUGUCCGCAUUAGAGAAUUGUUCUCUGAGGGGCUCAUCAUUUAGGACUGAUUCACAUGAUCAGUCAUAUCAGAUAAUACCUUGCUUGUGUGAAAUCUCUAUUGCAUUCUCAGCUCUUAGGUGGAGUUUCCUUAUUGGGUUAGUUUACACUGAGGCCCAACAGAAAAUAUACUGAAAGCUACUUUGUGCCAAAGUUAUUUAUCCAGUCAGAUGAUGUGAUGGCUUUCAAAGAGUGAUUUUAAUAAUGUACAGGACUUUCAUUGCUCAAUUACAUGAUGUUUUAUAUAAUGGGGUGUUUCCAGCUACCCCACCCCUUAUAAGACGCUUCUGCAACAUCAUGGGAGGGGUCUUUAUAGGACUAAGGUGAAACCGUGAAGCUCCCUUGUUAUUUUUGCUAUUGGAUGCUGCAUGUUUUGUUAAUCUUGUUAAAUUUAUAGUAUUUAAAUGUGCUUUUUGUAUGGCUGUUAUAUUUGCUAUUGUUUUGCUGUGUUAUUUUGAAAUUAUUUUUGUAGUGUUGGUUUGAAAUGUAUUCCUGUUUUCUUUGUUGUAAGCUUCUUUGAGCGUGAUUUUGUGUGUGUGAAAAAGUGGCAUACAAAUUGACUGACUGACUGAAUGAAUGAAUGUUUUCAGACGACUGGAGCCAGCGCUUGAAUGAGAAAGAACUGUCAGUGUUAUCAAGCUUUGUAUUAAGAAUUACCCAUAUAUACUGAACUUAAAUCUAAGAAAAGGACACGAGGCUACUAUCUUCUAAUUGUUCAAAAAGUGUUGGUCAUAUUAAUAGCGAUGAUUCGAAAGAGGACUAAAUCUACAGGCAGUGUGUUAUCUGGGGGAAUAACUUUGCUUUCCUGCCUAAGACUGAUGUUUGCUAUUUUUAUUAUGUAUGAACAAACUGAUGUUCGUUUGCCUGGGUGCAGGGUCCAGUGAGCAGAGUGGGAUUUGCCUGUUAGUAGACAUGCACACAAUUAUGCUGCAUGUUCAGUCAUUAAUCCAAAAAGUUUUAGGUAAUGUGAACCCCAAGUCGGAAGAUCAUUAUCUUAACAAGGGAAAGUCCUAAUUAUUUGUCACUGUCCUUUCCUUGUUAAUCUCUCCAUAACUCCAAUCAGCAACUAAAGUUUUGAUGCUUUCUAAAUAAAGUACAUAAAGCAAUAUAUUGUUUGAAGCGAAUAUUACUUAAAUCGCUCCCCGCCCCGUAGCUGUAAUGCAUCCUUAUGAACCUACCAGAAAUAAAGCUGCAUUUUAUGUUAAGAUGUACCGGUAUGUUUCCAUUUGGUUCCAGUAUAUUUCAAAGAAGCUUGCCUGUGUAUAGCAUACAAAAAAAAAGAACCUGCCCACACCUUUCCUGAAAUAAUACUGUGGAGUAAGUGAACUGGCAUUGUGAUAGUCUGCAAUUUUCUAGAAUAAUGAUAUAUUCAAUUAACCAUAUUUAGCAUUUGAAACACAAAAUAAGAUACUUUGCCAAAUUAUAAAGGCGUAAGAUGGUUUAAAAUGUUAGCCAUCUCCAAAAUAAUCAGUCCUUCAGUAGCACAAGAUAUUUUAAACAAAAAUGGUGUGGUAAAUACUCACAGAUACAUUUUACUACCAUCUACAGUGGUACCUCAGGUUACGUACACUUCAGGUUACAUACGCUUCAGGUUACAGACUCUGCUAACCCAGAAAUAGUGCUUCAGGUUGAGAACUUUGCUUCAGGAUGAGAACAGAAAUCGUGCUCCGGUGGCGCGGCGGCAGCAGGAGGCCCCAUUAGCUAAAGUGGUGCUUCAGGUUAAGAACAGUUUCAGGUUAAGUAUGGACCUCCGGAAUGAAUUAAGUACUUAACCUGAGGUACCACUGUAUAUGAGAAUAGUGCUCUCUUCGAGUCUAUAUAAGGUAUAUAUCUGAAUGGAAUAGCUUUGUAUUUGUGUGCUCUGCAGGUUGUCCUUGAAUGUAAAGGUAAAGGUAAAGGUACCCCUGCCCGUACGGGCCAGUUGUGACCGACUCUGGGGUUGCGCGCCCAUCUCGCUUAAGAGGCCAGGGGCCAGCGCUGUCCGAAGACACUUCAGGGUCACGUGGCCAGCGUGAUGAAGCUGCUCUGGCGAGCCUGCACCAGCGCAGCACACAGAAACGCCAUUUACCUUCCUGCUAUAAAGCGGUACCUAUUUAUCUGCUUGCACUUAAGGGUGCUUUCGAACUGCUAGGUGGGCAGGAGCUGGGACCGAACAAAGGGAGCUCACCCCACCGCGGGGAUUCGAACCGCCGACCAUACGAUCGGCAAGUCCUAGGCGCUGAGAUUUUACCCACAGCGCCACCCGCUUCCCGUCCUUGAACGUAACUAUGAACAAAAGCAGCCUUGCCUACAUCUGUCUGUGUACCAAGGGUUAACUAGAAUGGGUAGUGGCUGCAUAGCUGAUUUAAUUCAGUUUUCAGAUAUAAGUCUACACUUAAUAGUGGUAUAUAGAUAGUGACAGACUCUCACAUAUAUAGGUUUUGCAUUUCACUUGCCUUGGAACCACACUGAACCUGGCUGGAGAUCUACCAGAAUUUGACUGUGUUGUUAUGCAUGUGGAGGUUUGGGAAAUGUUGUAGACCUUGCCAAAUAGAUAUGGAGGCCUCUUGCAUGACAGGACUUGAUGUCACUGUGUCAAGUUGGGGCAGGAGGCUCCAGUGCACGAAUAUACAGCCUGUUAUGUAUCUAAAGACUGCAAAUUUUUAGUGAGUGGAAUUCAGCUAUGAGAAAGAUUCCAGAGAUGCACCUCUGGAAUUGCCAAUGAAUUCAUUUAUUCAGUACUAAUACUAUACUGGAGUGGAAUCCAGUAAUUUUGUCCACUUCUGACUUUAGAAGGUGGUAUUAGUCCAUGAGGCCUUUUCUCUGGCACUUCUUUCAGGGCUGGAGACUGUUUUUAAGAACAUUUAUAGUUAGUAUCAGUUGGAGCUGUGUUAUGGUUUAAAUUUAAAAUGUAGAGAUAUUGUGGUUAAGAGUUGCCUCUUAAGGAUGUAAGGAGGAGGAUAGCAGACCUGGUUUCUUUCACUUUUGUGGUGAGCUGAGUAAUUAUAUUUUGCUUAGGGCAUGAGAGUUGGAACUGCUGCUACUUAUAAUUUGUACUUGGAAAUGCAGGCAUAUAUUGCAUAUUAUGUGUGGCUUUAAGCCUUUUCCUUUUUGAGCUAGAGGGAGUUCAGUAUGUGUGAAGAGUACUUCACUUAGAAAUAUUCACAACUUGAGCUGUGUCCCUGUGCUAUAAAUAUACCACAGUUCACUUAUAAAGCCCUGAAAACAAUGGGACUAAUGCUUCUCUGCCGUGGUACACGGAGUGCGGCAGUAUCCCAUCAAGAUUGCUAUGGGGAAUGAGAGCUUGUGUGACUCAAUGGAGGGGAAAAGACAAGGCUGGAUGUGAAUUGUAGAAGACACAUAAUAGCUUGAUAUGGAGUGUGAGGAUUUGUGUGUGUGUGUGUGCGCACGCACGUGUACACACACACACACACACACACACACACACACACAUACAAUGGAACUGGGGUGGAGUUAUGUUCUAUGUGAAAAUACUUGCAUACAUAGGCACUGCAGUUAAGAACACUCCAAUUACAGUCGUACCUUUGAAGUCGGGUGGAAUCCGUUCCGGAAGUCCGUUCGACUUCCAAAACUUUCGGAAACCAAAGCACAGCUUCUCAUUGGUUGCAGGAAGCUCCUGCAGCCAAUCGGAAGCCGCAGAAGUCCCGUCAGUCGUUCGGGUUCCAAAUAACAUUCACAAACCUGAACACUCACUUCCGGGUUUGCAGCGUUCGGGAGCCGAAACAUCCAAGUACCUAGGCGUUCGGGAUCCAAGGUAUGACUGUAUUCGAUUUUAAAAAAUAAAAUAGAAUUAUUAUUCUUUUAAUGGCUUCACCAGUAGAUUCUUCUCCAUGAAGUUUGGAAGGGGAAAGGAAAGGAAAGUUAUUGAAUAAAAAUAAGAAAAUAUUUACACAUGGUUGUAGCAACUGUGUGUGUUAAACAUUUUUCUAUGUACAAAGUGUUUUUGAAAAAUAACCAAAUUUCAUACAAAAACAUUGGUUAUAUUGGAAAUAUUUGUAAAUGUGGUGUGCGCUAAAUAAGCUCUAACAGGACAAUGUUGUUUUGUUCUAUACAUUUCUGAAAGGGAGAGGAGCAUUUUUAAUUGAAGUAUUCUGUUGUCUUUUGUAAAAAUAAAAAUGCUGCAUGUAUUUUAUCAUGGCAUAUCUUUACAAUGUUCAAAAUAAAGCAAAAAGCUCUGCUGAUAUUUGGUGCCCAUUCAGUUAAUUCCACAAGAUAAGGACUUCUGAGUACCUCUGGCCUCCGCUAUAUUGAAACUAUGGGAGCAUAAUGAUUUCAUAGAGAUUUAUAUCUUCUUCUGUGAACUGAGAGGAGGAUCAGAAUUUUAACUUGCUUGGGGGAAAAAAUAGCAUGGAUAAUUUCAUCCCAUUAUGGCUGUCUUUGCCAUCUCCUUUGUGAAUGUUCUUUUACAAAUUUACAAGAGCAAGAUGACUGGUGUUUUUCUUUUCUUUCUCAAUUUUGAAACCUUGUGGUCACUGCUUAUAAGGGACAUGAAACUCUAUAGUCUAGUAAGAAAAAUGCUUUAACCAUUUGGGGGGGGGGUAGAGAGAGAGAGAGAGAGAGAGGAGUUGAAAAACCAGUAUUGUACCUAAAGUGUUUGGCACUGAUUUCAAAUAAGCUACACUUGACUUCCUUUUAGGUAAGAAAGUGUAUAAGUUUUUAGGAAAGUUUAUCUUUGCAAUCCAUGCUCAAGAGUACUCUUAGGAAUUAUUUUAGUAGUAUUGUUAGAAUAUCUUUCAUGUCAUAAAUAUAAAUAUUGUGUCCUAAGUUCUGAGUUUAAAAAAUACAGUACUAAGUCAUAAUUUUGCCAGAAAUAUAGUAGUGCACCCAACAUUGCAGUUCCAUAGGCACUGCAGACUUCCAUGCAUGCAGUGGAACCCCAUUGUCCUCUCCUGUCAUCUCCAGCCCCCAUGUAACCUCAAAAUCAGCUGUAGAGAAGGACCAUUUGAAGCAGAUUUUGGGGGUGCACAGAGCACUGUUGUAUGAGUGGAACACAACAGGUUGGAUAUAACCCUUUACUAAAUUUGAAGCAUCUGCUUAUGGCAAGUAAAUAUAAAAAUAUGAAUUUCAUCCUUCAUCUUGCUGAUCAUGGAACAAGCAGAGGUAUCCUCCUCUGUGGCCAGCAUGGGACCCAACUGGUCUGGUGGAAAAGCAACACCGCCUCCUGCUAGCCUGCACACCUAACCAUAUAUAAAAAAUUCUACCUGCCUACAUGGACUUCCUUAUCACCUAUGGAUAAUUAAAGUUUUAGAAGACUGAUUUAUUUAAUGUGGUUUGCCAGCAACAAUUAAAAGCCUACACCCUCCUCAGACAUGUUUAUGAAAGUGAUGCCAAUUGUGGCCAGCCAAGGCUGCCCCUGCUGCCCCCACAUCUGUAAGGGCACCAUUUUGGCCAUCCAUGUGUUAGUCUCCCUUUGUCAGUGUCAGGAGGUGGUAAUGCAGAAAAUAUGUGAUGUGGUUACACAUCACUAUCCUGGAAGCCUCACAGCAAAAACGAAUGAUAACGAGUUAAUAAUGCAGUCCCUUCUGAACAAGCACCAAGCUGCUGGAACCUUUGAUAGCAUUUCUGGCAUGUCCAGUGUUGUUUGCAGUACUUGUGAGUAAUGGUCUAGUAGGUAUAGUAUUUUGGCAUUAUAAACCUAAAGCACUGUCAUAAAACAAAUUAACUGAGAAAACAAAAAAUAAAGGAACAUGUUCUGGUAUGUAAAGAGGAAACUGAAUGGGAAAAAACCCUUAGAGGAAUAACCACCUGCCUUGCCCUGAGACCUCAUAAAUUUUUAUGUGACAGAAAACAAAACACCCUUGAUAAUGUGAUUAAUGAAGGUGUAAGAUGCUGAUCAAGAAUACUAAUGCAUAAAAUGUUAGGGAGACUAUAAAUUAGCGUUAUAAAAUGUUGAUCACUGUUGUAAUUGGUCAUAAAAUUAGUGGUUCCAGUUAAGUGCUAUGAAAAUGUACAAAACUAGAGGUACAAAUACAGUGAUUUCUUCCCCAUCAUCUGGUAACACAACUUUAGUAUUCAUUACUGGCAUUUCAUAGCUUGCCAUGAAGAGAACGCCCAACUCACACAUGGGCUUAUUGUGGCCGCUCUUUCUUGAAGCUAAAUGGCUACUAAGAUUACAUUUCAGAUAUUAUUUUCCUGUUGGUAAUACAAGGGCUGAAUCCUAAACUUCCAUUCUGUUUUCAGAAAGUUCCUGGCAAAAUGGUUGUGUGCUGGUUGAGAAUUUCAUUUAUACUAGAUUGGGAUAAAAUGGCCUGAGGAGACCUCCUGGGCCUUAUGUCUCUUAGGCCCUUGUGCAUCAUUCCUGGAACUGGCUAGUAGGUAGAAGCCAUAGACGGGCCAAGUGUAAGCAUGCCAUAGAGUUGGUGAGCCCUUAUAUAUCACCCAGUCCAACCCAUGCUUGAAACAGUAAAUUCAGAGCUAGAACAAAGGGGUUGGAAAAUGAUAAUGGUUGUGGGGGAAAGAGACAGAUGGGAAAGGAGGUAAAAUAACAAAAAAAAAGCAAAGAAAAAGACAGGAAGGCUGGGGAAAUGAGAGAGACUAAUGCAGAGAGUAAGAAAAGAGGGGGAUACAGUCAUACCUCAUGUUACGUUCUUUCAGGUUAUGUCCCGCAGCGACCCGGAAGUACCGGAAAGGGUUACUUCCGGGUUUCGCCGCUCGCGCAUGCGCAGACACACAAAAUGACAUCACGUGCAUGUGCAGAAGCGGUGAAUCGCAACCCACAUGUGUGCAGACGCACCGCUGCAGGUUGCGUUCUUUUCAUGUUGCGAACGGGCCUCCAGAACAGAUCCUGUUCUCAACCAGAGGUACCACUGUAUAAGAUGAUCUUAUGUUUCAGUGUAUUACACAGCACCCAUUUCUUCUCAAAACUGAUUGCAGAUAAGUGAUUUGGUGAAACUAAAUUAUGUUAUCAAAAUACAUGUUUUGGGGUGCAGAACCCGGUUUCCUAGACUGCAUUUGAGCAGAACCCCAGAUAAACUUCUGGGGCACCUGCUUAAGUUAUAAUGGCUAGUACAUAUAAAGGGGAUAUGUAAACUUCUGUCCCUUUGCCCUUGGAAUAUCUGCCUGCUUUUAACACUUUCUCUUUCUAUUUGAAUUUUUUUUUAAAAAAAAAAUAAAAAUUGUCCAGUAGCACCUUAGAGACCAACUAAGGUGCUACUGGACAAUUUUUUAAAAUUUAUUUCAACUGCAUCAGACCAACAUGGCUACCUACCUGAAUCUCUAUAUUUGAUUAUUUUUAUUAGAAAACCAUGCACCAGAAUAUGCAGAAUAAUAACUACCUUUACCUAUAGCCCCAAUGAAACUUUAUUUUUCCUUGGGUUCCAAUUUGUACUAUGAAAGCAUCAAGUUUGUUUUAACUUUCAUCACUUUUGAUAUUUGUUUAGAAGUACAGAUAGCUUUUGCAGUGGAUAGUUGAAAUUCUUCUGGCUUAAGGAUCUCAGCACAAAGGGUGUGUUCUUGGGAUGCCUUGCAAAAAUGCUUCAAGUAGAGUGAGAACAAUGGUAUGAAAUAUCCUUUUUGCAUCCUGUAAGUGGAGUUCUGGGCUGUCUUAGCGAGGAAUUUUCAGUAAACCUUCUGGAAAAAAAAUCUACUUGCAAUUUUGCUGGAGUAUUUCUUCACAAAGGAAAUCCUGUUUCAUAAUGAUGUAUUUCUUGUAAAACAUGAGGAGGUUCCAAAGAAAUAGUUGAUGGCUGAUAGUUGGUACUUUAGUUUCUUUGUAAAGUCAGCAUGGUAUUAAAAAUUCAGCAUGAAAAAUUGAUUUUAAAAAGAUGGAUUGUACCUUGAUCAUUUCUUGUUGUUUAGUUAAUGUAUGCCUUCUGUGAUGUAGAAGGUGCAGUAUAUGCUACUUAUUUCCUAGGAAAUAUUCAAAAAUAAUUGCUGACAAAAGCCACUUUACAGGUUGACUCAAAGGUAUAUCUUGCAACUUGAAUGUUAAUAUUCCAGAUGGUUGUGCAUAGCUACCCAGUAAAGAAUUGAAAGGAGGCUAGUCAGAGUUCGUAAAAGUUUGCAUUGUUAUUGAUACUGUAUCUUUAUGGCUUAAUACAGACAUUUUGAAAAACCAAAAUUGAGGACCUGUUUUAGAAUAUGUAUAAUACAAAUUUAGGCUAAUUUACAGAACACUGGAAACAUUUGUAAACCUGACAAACUCUCCUCAAGCUAGUGGUUGCAUAGAUUUGGCUGGCAAUUGUUCUACAAUGAAUGUAUUUGAUACUAUAUAGUCCAUAUCGUCCAAGGUGUUGAUGGAUUUUUAGCAUGGCACAGGAAAUAAAGAGAUGACUUCCUGAUUCAAACAUAACUUUUACCCUCCAUAGUAUAUUAUAAAUCCAGCUUGACAAAAUAUUUCACAGUUCUAAGUAUCAAGUCCAAUUAAUGCUUUAAGGGAUAAAUGAAAAAUUCAGACUAAUACUAACCUAAUAGAUUCCCUCCCAUUUCCUUUGCACGUUCAUCCAAGGGAGCCCUGUGUUCUGCUAUCAAAAAACAAUGUAUUUUCCAACCCUAGCCCUUGCAUGAAACGAAAUUGCAUGUGGAUACUAUAUUGAUUUUGAAAGGAGCAUGGUAAUUUGUAUUUCAUUUUGAACAUCGCUUAUGGGAUGCAGUGUGGAGCAAAUCCCAAUAUAGUUAUUUUCAUAGCAGGUUCCUGUAAUAGAUGAUCGUACCAAUAGUCCGCCCUAACAUGUUCAUGCACACACACAUGCACAUGCACACACACAAAAAACAUAUAUAUUAAGGGCACCGUCUGUCUUGAGAGACAGUGGAGUGUGCCUUUGGGGUUGAAGUCAAACCACUGUGUUAGCAGCACCAAAGUGACAUCUCCAGGGCUGGAGAUCCUGGGCUGCUCAGACAGCAAGACUCCAAGCUUGUGAUAUGAGGAUGAGGAUGAUAAUUAAUAAAUAAAUUUUUUUUAUUUAUACCCCGCCCUUCCUGGUUUAAAAACCGGGCUCAGGGUGGCUAACAGCAAAUAUAAAAGAUUGAUUAAAAUGCGACUUAAAAACAGCAUAAAAUACAACAUAAAAUGCAGCAUCAAUAUCAAUAAAAUUCAAAUAUUCAGGGGUCAUGGGGGGGGGGGACCCAGUCAGUAGACAUCAAAUGACCACCAGGGCUAACUGGCCAAGUUGGUGCUACUAGAGCCAGCAAGGAGAUCAGGGAAGAAUUUAAAUGUGGGGUCCCAUAAAGGGUUUCUUCAUAGAAGAGGACAGGGGGAAAGGGAAUAGAGGAUUAGGCUAAUUCAAACUGAAGGCCAGGCAGAAUAGCUCUGUCUUACAGGCCCUGAGGAAGGAGCUCAAGUCCUGCAGGGCCCUAGUCUCGUGGGACAGAGCAUUCCACCAGGUCGGAGCUAUCACUGAAAAAGCCCUGGCCCUAGUGGAGAAUAGUCUGGCUUCCUUAGGGCCAGGGACCUUUAAGAAAGAAAGUACUUGGGACACUCAAAAUAAUAAUAUGUAAAUGUUUAUUAUUAUUCUGUUAUUAUUCUGAUGCAUAGAGUGCUUGUUAUUGUUUUUAUAUUGUAUAUCUAGGUAUCUCAAAUUUUUCAUGGAGUAUUUUAAUUUUAUUCAAUAUGUAAAAAAACUAAUUUGCAUAUUCAAAAUUUAAGUAGCUUUUCUGAAAUAAAUAACAACACAUAUUUCCAACUUCAGAGGUGUAAAUUAUUUAAAUCAAACUCAAAAUAACCCACAUAAAUUAAGUAUGUCAUUGUUUGAACAUACUUGUUUGAUUUGCAUUGCAUUGCAUUGCUCAUUUUUUUGCACUUGUGCCCUCAUAUAUUGAAAACUGAAUUCCGCCCAUGGUGCAUUUCACAGUCCUUAUAGCUGUUUAUUAAUUAGUGUUUGAAAAUAGUUUUAAUUUGUUUGAAAAUUGUGUGUCUGUGUGCAAUGAAAAGAAGUCUGUCUAUAUAAACACAGUUCACAAAAUAUAUUCAAGCGAUACUUUUUUGUCAGCUGGAAAUUGCAGCAAGUUUGAAAUCAGAAUAAGAACGUGUGUAAUCACUUCGUUCCAAGUCUCCAAAAUUUUAGUAAUAAAUACAUGUUAAAUUCCUGGAACUAUUUUAUGCUAUCUACUAACCUUACAAUUAAAUUACUGUGUAAAGUUGGUUAAGUAACACAAAAGUUAUUAUAUUAAGGUGUGCUUUAUGAAGAGGCCAAUGACAGUACUGCAGUGAAACAUGCUAAUAGAUUAUAUGCUGUAGCAAUAUAUUGCCUUUUUAUUGCUUUUCCACAGGCAGCAGAUUCAUGUAUAGUUAUUACUGGCUACAUUAUCUGCUAGUUUUCUAUCAAAAGUGAUUCAUUCUAUUGAAUCAUUAAUCCAAUACUUAUCAUUCUUGGUGAAAAUUUUCUAGUAUUAACACUGUAUAAAAGAUUGACCUAAAUCCACUGGUUUUGCUGCACUCUAAGAACAUUUUAACCAUGGAAGAACAGUAUUUCUUAAGACAGUUUAAAACUAUUCAUUGUGGAUAUUUAACAAGGUAGCAUUCUAUGUUGUGAGAUACACACACACACACACACACACACACGAGUUGGUGACCAAUGCCAUCCUGGAUUUAAGCUGCUGAAUGUUCAUAAAUCUAGUACUGGAAAUAUUGAUGUGUAUUGAAUUAGUUACUGAAUAACAAGAAUAAAAUUUUGCUCAUAUAUAGUGCAAAAUGGAGGCUUUUGUAGCAGCACAUGGUCUGUUUAGAAUGAUAUAACAGACACCGAAUGUUCACAUAUCAAACAAAAUGCCAUCUUUCUGUAGAAAAGAGGUGUCAAAAAGUUUCUUUGUACCUUUAACGCAUGUGAUUAUGUAGUACAAAAUGCAGAGUUUGUAAAAUUUCUUGAAUAUACAGGCAAAAAAUGAAUAAUUCAAAACAACUCAUAAGUUCUACAUUCUAUUGUAUCUUUUAUAACGCAGGCAGGAGAUAGGAUUGUGUUCCCAGUAGAGCUGAAUUUGCACAAGUUACACCUCUGAAAAUGCCAGAUGGUCUAUGGUCUACUUUUCAGAGCUGUCACAUAUGCAAAGAUUUGAAAAAAAAAAGAAAGACAGCUGAAUGAGAGCGGCGGAUCAUUAAAGGGAGAGUGAAAGUCCCUGGGUAUCACUGUGUUUUAAGAAAGCAUUGUGUCGGUUCCCGCAUUACGCUUUUCUUUAAGAUAUACACAACCUUUAAAAAUAAGGUAAAAACAUUGCUGUUUUAAACUGAAUGGUUGUGGCUUAAUCUUAAAACUGUCAAAUGCUUUUUAUUCUUUAUACUAGAAUGUAGUCAUAUGGUUCCUAAUUGGUUUCAAGUGUAUUUUAACCAUAAGAUUCAAGUCUCCCCAGUGAAAAAUUAUCAAUAAAGUUAAAAUAAAUUUAAAUUGGUAUAACUAAUACAUUUGGGGGUUUUAUUCACUUUUGAUUUGACCUACAUAUCAUAUGUGAAUACUCUAAAGCCAGUCAGCUAAAAAGUUGUAUGUUAAUGUUACUGAAAUAAGAGUACUUUGGGAGCAGAAUUUAUCUCUUGAUCCUAGUAAAAAUAAUAAAAUGAAAGUAAAACAAAUAACUUUGCAUGGCUAGACUUCCCCAAGACUUCGUAUUGCCCAUUAAUUGGGAAAAUAGGCCUGAUGUUUUAAGACAGGGGAGAUGAUCAUGUGUCAUGUAUUGUAAUAUGAUAUUGAAAUGUAAACAAUUGCAAACAACCAUUUCCAAUUCUGCUAGAUUCUAAAGGUCAUAACUGUCAAUUCUAAUAACUUUGUCAUUUAGAUUUACAGAAUUCUUCCUAUGUUCUCUCUUCUUAUUUAUUGACAAAGGAUAACAUAUUUUCCAACAGCUGACAAUUGGUGAAGCAUAACAUUUUAUACCUAAGAAUUCCAAAUAAUGCAUCUACUUGCCAGACUGUUAAGUGGCAAGAUACUUCCACAUCCCAGAGAUGAUUACCUCUUUAUCAAUACCUACAUAGGGUGAAAAUGGAACAAGAUCAAAUUAGUCUUGCAUAGAAAUGGGGAAUGUUGAGUUUUAUGCCAGUGGUUCGGAUAAGUUGUCUCUGCUUAUGCACUUAAAGGGAGUAUUCUAUAUAAAAGCUAUUGCAUUUUAAGUUCCUACUACCACCUUUGGGGAUUUCCUUUUGUCAGUGAAUUGCAAGAGUACUUGUGAUCACUGGAGGUACUUGAAAUGAAUUUAUACUUCUAUGAUUGAGUGGAGCUUUGGUGUUGUGUCUUUAAUUCUAAAAGGCUGGGUCGACCCAAAAGGUUUGAAUUAAAUAAUAAGUUAUUAGCCUUGCUUAUAAGAGCAAGAGAGCGUGUGCUGCUUUUUUAAAAAAGAAAGAAACUUCCUGCCUGACCACACAUAUCUAGUUAGCCAUGAGGCCUGAGAGAAAGACAGAACUAUAGAGCUUCACUGUUUUUUAGCUUAGAGGCAUGUCCUGUUUCCCAUAAGCAACCAGGCAAAUGUUUAUUUGUAGGUCUAGUUAUUCUGACAAAUAUUAUUUUUUCCUUUUCCAAUGUUUUAACUAAGGCCAUUUUGACAUACAGUGGUUUAAAUGAGGCUUUUAUGUUUUCAGUAAUAUGUGUGUGUGCUUGUGCACUAGAAGCAGAGGGUCACUGUGAUCAGCUAUUGUUUUUGUCCUUAUGGUAGUUGAAAACCCUUCUUCUCUUGAAAAAUCAAAGGCUGCUAUUACUAGGAGGAUGUUGGGCAACAUGGAGUUCCUAUAAUCCCUGUUUCCUGUCAGAAGUACCAUUCAUUGUUUUUUAAUUGAUUUCCCACCACCCCUUACAAAAUCCCACCAUUUGACUCAGUGGUAGGGUCAGCAAUGGACAGUGUGGUGUGACUUAUCUGACCUUUCUCUUGCCUGAGUCAGGCACACCAACUCUGUGAGGCCAAGGUGUUUUUGCCCCCCUUCAUAUCUUGUUGCAGGGGAGUCGGGGACAAAGGAGACCAAUAUGCAAACGACAGUGGAAGUCUCUUUUCCAUAUGUCACGAGCCUGUUCCACAUAAGUUCUUAUAUACUACUGAUAUACAGUGGUACCUUGGUUUAAGAACAGUCCGGUUUACAAAAUAUUUGGUUUACGAACUCUGCAAAACCAGAAGUACAGUGGUACCUCAGGUUACAGACGCUUCAGGUUACAGACUUCACUAACCCAGAAAUAGUACCUCAGGUUAAGAACUUUGCUUCAGGAUGAGAACAGAAAUCGUGCAGCGGCAGUGGGAGGCCCCAUUAGCUAAAGUGGUGCUUCAGGUUAAGAACAGUUUCAGGUUAAGAACGGACCUCCAGAACGAAUUAAGUUCUUAACCCGAGGUACCACUGUAGUGUCCCAGUUUGCGAACUUUACCUCCGUCUAAGAAUGGAAUCUGAACGGUGGAAGGGCACUGGCGGUGGGAGGCCUCGUAAGGGAAAGUGUGCCUCGGUUUAAGAACGGUUUCAGUUUAAGAACGGACUUGCGGAACGGGUUAAGUUCGUAAACCGAGGUACCACUGUAUAUAUUUUUUCUACUGGUAUGUACCGAAUUUUUCCAUCUAUAAGACGCCCCCAUGUAUAAGAUACCUCCUGUUUUGGGGGACUCCAAUUUAAGAAAAUGGGGGGAGAUACUAUCCGUGUAUAAGACGAGCCCAGAUUUUGAACAUUGUUUUAGAGUAAAAAAACAACAACAGUCAUACACAGAAAAGUACGGUAUAUAUUUUCUUAAACCGGUCAGUUACUUUGAUAACCUCUUACACAAUUUAGAGUUGCAUUGUCUUUGUGGUUUAUGAAACUUUUAAAUUGUGUACUAAAUCUGGGCUGUAAAUUUAUGCUGUCUGUGUUAUAAGGACUCCUCAUUCCUUUGUUGUGUCUUUCUGAUUUUGCAAUUAUUAUACAUGAUAGUUUUAAUAUAAUGUUGAUGCAAGGCUGCUUAGGGAAUAUGGGAAUAAGUUUUGUUGGGCCAAAAACUUCACCUGACCAAAAUAUAACUGCCCUUUUAUAUAUGACAGUACAAACUAAUAAGUCAUGUAAAUAUGAUAGGGUACAUAAAAUAAUCAAAGCAUAAAAUUAAGUUAUUGUUAUUGUUAUUAUUAUUUUAUUAUUUAUACCCCACUCAUCAGUCACUCUGGGCAGCUUUCAGCACAUAUAAAAACAUAAAAUACACAACAGAUGACCAACACUGAAUCAGAUUAAUUCUCUGGAAAACACUUGGUGAAACAGAAAUGUUUUCAGCAGGUGACAGAACACCAUAGCUGUGAGUGCCUCUCUUGAGUUCAACAGGAACAGUGUUCCAGAGUAUUGAUGCCAGUCUGCUAAUAGCUUUAGUUCACAUAUUUAUGAGUAUAAGCGGCUAUAUAUUAAACCUAUUUUUAAAAAUAUUUAUUAGUUACCAGUUUGUUUCUGGCCAUUUUUAGAUAUUUAAAACUCAAAAGGAUCUGGGGCCUGAAUAUCUUAAGGAGAGUCUCGGCCUCCCCCCCCCCCCCCGAGCACCACAAGCAUAAAAAAUGAUGAUGCCCUGAUCUAAGGGUGAUCUAAAAAUGCAUAUUCUGACAUUGAUUUUAUACAAAAUAAAGAGCAGACUUUAGAUGGUAGCUGCAUGCUUCUGUUUAAGGUGGGCUUCUGGAGAAUCAUCCAGGGUUUGAUUUGCUGUUAGCAGAAGUUGGUAGUUUUUUCAUCAUGUUCUUUGGUUUUUCUUCUCUGCCUUUGUCAACCAGCUGUUUUUGUUUUACUCAUUGUGGGUUUUAGCAUCAUUGUUUUAAUAUUCACCAGUUGUUCCAAUUUUAUCUAAACGGCCAUGGGAACUUGCUGGCUAAAAUGCAACCCAAAAAUGUAAUAAAUAAUGUGGGUUAAUUUUCAGUCCAGUUUAGAGAAUCCUGCUUUGACUCAAGAUAUUACCUUUUCUCUGCUUGGCUUCACAGCUCUUAAGACUUAUAUUGUUUAACAUGGGAAUCCUCAAAGUAUUUUGUUUUUUAAUAUAAACAUUACAUGUCCUCUAUUUUAUUAUAGCAAGCAGUACUUAAUAAAUACUUAACAUUUGUGUACAGCUGUCAAGUGCUCAAAGCACUUCACAUGCAUUAUCUAGUUGUAAUCCUUAUAACAGCCCUGUAAGACAAGACAGUAUUGUUAUCUCCUAUAUUGCAGACUAAGUUUGGGAGAGUGUAGCUUGCCAAAGGCCACAUAGUGAGUUCAGGGCAAGGUUGAGAUUCAAAUUGGGAACUUCCUGGCUUGCAGCUCAUUAUCUUUAAAACAAACAAAUCUUUCAUUUUAAGAAAAGAGUUGACGUUCUUAUAAAUUCGCUUAUCUUCCAGAAAACAUGGCAAUGGUGAAUUGAAAAUCCUUUCUUAACUUACAUACAUGUAAACAGUAAAGUCAUUACUUAAUAGUCUUGUAUACUGUGCUCACUUAUCACUUAAGACCAAACUAGAUGGGAUGUGGAAAUAUGUAUCUGGAUAUUCCAAUCUGUUAUCUCAAGAAAGGAGUUGGGGAGCAGUAGUGAUGGAGAAACUAAAUUGGUGUAGGGCUGUGGCAUUGGAGGACAUGUGGUUUCAAACCUUUCUGCUGAUCUAAAUUCCUCCCCCUGUUCCCCCAUGAUACUUGUUUCACUAGGGGGGAAAACACACGCACACACAUCUAUAUAUGUAUGCAAAUAUGGUAAUUUUGGGUAAACAGUGGUAUAUUGGGGAAAUGUUGCAGGAGCGAGUUAACCUGGUCCAUUGCUUACUGCUUUUGUGGUGUGUGGUUUUUUUCAGGGAAAAAUUUAGGGUGUCCUUUUCACGCAUCUCCCAAGUUCCUCUGGCUUGGUCCUUGAGUCCAUACAUCUUCCAUUUGCCCUUGACUUUCGAGCUCAAUCCUCUUCCUUUUCAGGUUGGAAAUGACACUGAAGCUGAAGAUAACAUAAAAAUAAUGCCCUAAGGCUUCCCAGACAUUCAGUGUGUGUUUGUGUGGAUCUCAAGAAGGAAAGGAAAGAGUUUAUUCUCCAUAGAUAUGUGUUAAACCACUGUCUCUUUUUCUUGUUCUUUUUAAAGCACAACCUCAGCGUUUGCCACAACCAAAUGCUUCACCACUGGAAAAGUGUAAGGAAGAAACAGGCAAAAUACAAAUACAAAAUGGCCAUACUGGGCUGAGUAACGCAAGUGGGAUGCACAAUGGAGUCAAGUGUGGGGCACCAGAUAGCAGAAAGUUCUCGGCACCUGUUUCCCAAAAAAUGCACAGAAAAAUCCAGUCCAGCUUGUCUGUCAACAGUGGAAGCAGCAAGAAGAGCUCUGCAUACUCUCACAAGCCAGGCUCUUCACCCGAAGGUAAGCUGAAACCUUAUAAGUAAACUGAACACAGAAUAACCAAAAGCCAUUCCCGCUAAUAAUUACACAAUCAGCUAAAAAUAAUUGAAGAGCACGAGUCGUGCUCCAGAAGCAAAUAGAAAUCAUUACAACAAAAUACAAGUUACUUCCCCAAAGGAAAAGAUUAAGUAUUUGAAGGAAAUUGAAAUGAGAGAUUUCCUGCUUUCUGAACAUUUGUGCACCUCACUGUUGAUCAUAUCUGUAGAUGGAGAAGCUCUGAAUUGCUGUUUGGCAAUGCCAUCACAUAUACAACAUGGAGGGGAAAUGAUUUGACUUGGGACAGGGAAGGGGAACCUGAUGAGCUCCAGGUAUUAUAGACUCCAGUUGUCCCUGACCAUUUACUAUGCUGGUUGAGGCUCAUGGAAGUAGAGACCCAACAACCAGCUGGAACUGGCACUCAGUUCCGGCGCCUCUCAGGUGAGCGCCAUUGCCAUUAAAAGAGAACAAGGGAGGCAUCCAUGGUGAGUUCCAGCACCUCCUUUUAUAAAAAUAGCACUACCAACAACAUAUGGCGGCUCACAGAGGCUUUAUUCACAAUGCAGUUUAUUCUGUUUUUCUGACAUUUCCCUAACUAUAUAUUUAUUCAUGUAGCACAUUAUGUUCAAGCUGUCACACAACAAAACCAAGAUAUCUCUAGAAACCAAGUUUAGCGUUCAUUUUCUUGUUACUUACUUAUAGGAGAAAACAAAACCAUUUGCGAGUCUGGAACCUACUUGUAGCUCCGGAACUUUCUAUAGAUCUGUGCAUAAGCUGAGGCCUUGCAGGGUGCACCACAAGUGACUUUAGUCACCUGUUGCAGAGCCUCACACCCCAUGCCAUUGGCCUUACCCCUCAACAAGCGAUCUUGCAGGGUCCAGUAGGGGCUCAUACUACAGAAUCACGCCUCUACUCAAGAGCUGAUGAGCAGAUGGGUGGAUCCUGGUUUGUGUGAUGCAACCAGUUGCUUUCCUUUAAAAAAAAAAGCCGCUGUGGAUCGUCAGCACCGCCCCCACCCCCAAUUGCCUACUCCCCAUAGCAACUGUGAUCCUGCAGGGUCCAGGGGAUUCCCCCCUGCCUCUGCCCUCAACAAGUGAUCCUGCGGGGUCCAGGAGAGGCUCCACAACUGGAUUUCCUUAAGGAAAGCUAGUUGUGGAACCUCACACCCCCAGGAUCACCCACUCCCCAUAACAGCUGUGAGCCUGCAGCUUCUAGGUGAGGCUACACAAAAGGCUUUCCUCAAAGAAAGCUGUUUGUGGAGCAUCAUCCCCACCCUGUUGGAUCAGUCCUGGGCUGGAGGUUGGGUAGGUGAUGUUCCACAAGUAGCUUUCCAUUAGGAAAGCUGCUUAAGGGGCAUUACACACACUGCAGGAUAAAUUCUUCUGCUUAUCAACUCAAAGGUAGGAUCCCGGUUUUUAACUUUCAUUUCAGACUGCAGUUCCCACUGGUGUGAAUGAAAUUUAGAACGCCAUGGGAGUAUGCAGGUCCUGCAGUAUAAAAGGCACACAAUAAAACAAAACACAAAUUAACCCCAUGGGUGAAUGCAUCCAGGUUCCUCACCCCUCUCUUAAGAGAUUAGUGAAUAUUUCAGUAUGUGUAUUGGCAUGCUUUUUGUCAAUGAAGUUUUGUCAUUGAAAAUUGUAUAAUACAUUUCUGAGCAGCCUGUAUGUGCUGUCCAAAAGGUAUUCAAAACCUAGGCCAGUGCUUACAUUACCACCAUACUGCUAUAAAGCCAAUACAUAAUUUGCACAUACAAAUGGUCUUCACUUAUUUCUCUUCACUGUACAGCACAUGUCCAUUAAGUAAACAUAUUUCAUUUCUGUGUGUGUUGCUGACCACAAUUACUCUAAUGGCCCCAUGGUUCCUAAGCCUAUUUUAAAUCUGCUGCUCUCCUAUUCAUGACACUGCGAUCAGCAGACUUUGCUUUAUCUGUUAAAACAGAAACUGGUAGAUUCUCCUAUUUUUUUGUUGGUAGUCAGACACCAAUUCAUGUCAGGUAUCUGUCUCACUGUGCUUUAGGGAGUCAGUUAAGAGAGGUUUAAAGCCCCAAACGCGCCUGUUUAGAGAUACAGAAUAUGAAGUGUUUGCAUUGUUACAGACUAAUUCCUGGGAAGUAGGAUAAGAAGCUGAAACAGAAGGGUAGAGCAAAGCAGGAAAUACAUUUUGGACCCAAUCAGCAACUGCUCUGUGUUAGAAAGUGUCCAGGUGAAUUUUAACAAGCUUAAAUGAGGACUUUGUAGACUUUUCUCCCCAAUUUCUUUUGCAUAUCAGUUUAUAAUUUUACAUGGUCUGAUUAUGGUCCAAGCUGCUGCUUUGUCUUUUACCAGUCAUUCCUGACUUAGCCAGCCAUGGCUAACGUGCUUGGGCUUGUAAUCCAUGCAGUCCUGAGCUGUGUUUAGUUGUAGGAAGUAUCCCCUGGCCGUAUUAGCACACUGUUUGGUGAAAUGAAAAAUCAGGAACAGAGGCCAAAUAGAGUCUCUUAUACAGACAUGAAAAUGUAUUUCAAGAAGUAAUUCCUGGCAGUUUCUUGGAACCUAGAUUUCCAUAGAUGAAUAACUGUUUACGUCUAAUACAUACAGAUGUUUUUACACUGCUGUUACACGUCUUCUAAAUUUUACCAGUUUGUAGGGGCUUACUUUGUCAAAGCCAUGAUUUCACUUAGCACUACUAGUCUUCAUAAAUCAAUUCUUUCGUCUCUAUACAUUCAGAAAUUCUGAACGGUGCAGUCCAUCAUAAACAGCACCAUUUCAUUUUGUAGAUUGGAGACCACAUUAUUUAAUGUUCUCUCAUAGCAUAUUCCCUUUUCCCAAGUGUAGAAAGCUUGCCAGGGAGAAUGCUCUAGCCUUAUAUUCGUCAUUCUUGGAAAUUCUUGGGACAGCUUUUAUGCAUUGGAGCCCCUAACUUGCAGCCUGAGAUGUUGUAACUUAGGAAGCGCCGUGCCAUACAAUAUUUCCGAAUAUGUAGAUUGGCUCUAAUUUCUGUAUGUUAAAUGGAAUAUAAUGUGAUCAAAAUCUCUUUAAAUUUGGUGUUCUGUUAAUGUAGGCUUUUGAAGGAGGAAAGAACGCCAAUUGUCUCUGAACAGGUGUUAGUUUUACCCUCCAAUGGUAACAUUUAACACUGCAAAGAAGGAUGUUAAGUGUGACCCUGAAGGGGCAUGAAGAGCCAGCCUGCUCUGGUUUGAGAAUGCAAGUGUCCUACACACAAGUAAUGCAUGACUAGGACUCUCAUUUGUUUAGAAACACCCAGUUUCAGUUCCUGACAUUUAUUCUCAGCUUCUGAAAGCUGUGCCAUCUUAUUUCUAUCUAUCACCUCUCUGAAUUCUUUCACUUCUGUGCCUAACUUCCUGCACCAUGCCAGUCUGACCUUCUUGAAUCCUUGCUUGCAGGGUUUGCUGCUUCCCCAGCACUCAACUGAACAAUUUUAAGUUCCUCUUCCUCGUUUCUCUGGCAAUAUCCCCACAGUGACAUCUGGCACACUCAUUGGAGGAUUGUGCCCCUAGAUGCCAGACUAUCCCAUCUACUUCAGUUAUUUUGUUUAGAAAACGUUGUUUUAGCUUGUACUGUGGUACCUCGGGUUACAUACACUUCAGGUUACAGACGCUUCAGGUUACAGACUCCGCUAACCCAGAAAUAGUACCUCGGGUCAAGAACUUUGCUUCAGGAUGAGAACAGAAAUCACACAGUGGCGGCGCAGUGGCCCCAUUAUCUAAAGUGGUGCUUCAGGUUAAGAACAGUUUCAGCUUAAGAAUGGACCUCUGGAACAAAUUAAGUACUUAACCCGAGGUACCACUGUAUAGUGCUUCUUCUUUUUUAAAUACAGACUGCUGAGUUCCCCUUAUUUUUAAUAGAUGUUAGGAUCCCUGUCAACAAUGUUUCUGUUGGGGCAUAUUUUUAAUGUAUAUUUGUUUUUGGCUACUCCUUCCUGGCUUGAGCAUUAAUCUAUUAACCCUUGCCACACUAGCUGUAGUUAUUUCAAGCAAAGUGUUUAGAAUUAGCUUAAUUUUUGUGUCCAAGCUGUAUUGUCAUCUUGUGUAUAGGAGGAUGAUGCAGUGGCUUAAUUCAGCAGAUUAAAACUGACACGGCUAGCAUUUUUCUUUUUAAAACUGCAACUCUGUUUGAACUACAGAAAAAAACGAGUUACAAACUACACCAGCAUGUGUUUAAACCCGUAUCUACCCCAGUCACUCAUAAAGCAGGAGAUCCAAAUAAAGUGUGAAUGGGCUGCACAGGUAGAGAAUGUGGGAGCCGGCCUGCACGUUGUGCCCCCAAACCCCCACUUUUUCCUAUAUGGGCUCACUUUUGGUAUGGUAGCUUUGCUGAAGAAAAAUGAGAGUCUGCUGUAGAAAUAAGCCAUGAACAUGGUAAGGCCUGAGUAUCUUCUAACUCCCAUUUCUGAUGUGAUGUAUACAGAUCUGGAUUUAAAUAAUAGAUUUGCCUUUUUUUGUAUCAUUUGAGCUUUGGUUUUCUUUGGGUCCUGCUGCAGUUGCAUCCCAAUUCUGAAAAAUGUAAUUUUAUUUAAAAGGUCACAUUUUAAGAGUACUGAAUCUUGUGACCUACCUGCUAUUGAUCAGUUUCUGAACUGGUGGUGGUGGAUUUUAAUGGUGCCAGUUUAUGGACUAGUACACUGUCACUUGAGCAUGUAGUUGUUGUUUUUUUAAUGAGGGUUAACUGUGCAUAACAGAAUGUUUGUGUUCUUAAAUAUGUUUGUAAAGGGAAUUAGAAAAACAUAUAUUUAAGUCAUUAUUUUUAAUUUUUGAACAUUUAAUCAACGUAUAUAACAUCCUAAGAUGUUCUUGUUGGCUGUUUUGGCUGUGGCUUGACUUUUUAAAUUGACAUUCAGAGUUUGCCCUUGGCCUUCACCAUGCCUAUGUCUAGUGUCUAUAUAAGUCUUGUAUCUCCUGCUGGGACUUCUGUUCCACUCUCUGCGGGGCCUUGAGUAAAGCCUUGUUGAGGACCUCAGCUGCCACUUUGAUAGUGGUUUUACCCGUUUGAUUCUUGCUGUGAGAGAACAGAGUGCUUACAGGUUUUCUUUGAAUUUCCUGAUCUCUCUCUGAAUAUAGCUGAAAAAAAUCUGACCCAGGUCAGCAUUUUGUAAUUGAACAUAUUUGUCAUAAAAGCCUUUUGUAAAGGUUUAGAAAUUGGCCUGUCAGUUCCAAACAUGGAAUUGUUUAUUGCUUAACAAAAUUAUUCAGUUUCUUAUUAAGACCUCUUUGCUAAAGAAUAGGAAGGUUGCCAAUGUCACAUUAGUUCUAAAAGUUGCAUCUCAGAGGAAGCAAAAAAAAAUUAAGGCCCAUGAUUGAGCUAAUGUCUGUUCCAGAUAAAUUGGUGGGAAGUAUUAUUGAAAGUAGAAUUUAUAGUAAACAUAUAGAAGAACAAGCUCUUGCUGAGGAAGAAUUAGUAUGGCUUCUGAUGAAGAGAAGUUCUUCCUUGCAAAUAAUCUUUUAGAAUUAUUUGUGGGUCUCACUAAAUAUCCAGUAUGAUGAUGAUGAUGAGAUAUAUAUAUACAUAUAUAUACACACACGCGCACACACAUACACACACACAGACACACACACACACACACAUAUAUAUAUACAUACAUAUGAAUGAACUUCCCAAAAGCUUUUCACAAAGUUUCUCACCAAAGACUCUUAAGUAAACCUUGCAGCAAUGGAAUUGAAGGAGUUGCCUUAUGGAUUGGUAUCUGGUUAAGGAACUAGAAGCAGAGGGUACAGAUAAACUUUGUACUUCUUCACAGCACAGUGUAGUGAGAAGUGGGGUUCCCUCAAGGAUUGUAUCAGGAUCCGCACUUCCUAUUAAUAAAGAUCGGAUGUUGGGUAUGAGAAGUAAAAUAGCAAGUUGGUGGAAUGGCACCAAGAUUGUUCAGUAUGGUGAAAACACUAGUUUACUAUGAAGAGCUUCAGAAUGAUCUCUCCAAACUGAGCAACCAAAAAAAAGAAAUGAUGUUCACAAAAUGUAAAGAGAUGCACUUCAGUGCAGCCUCUUUCCCUCAACUUCAUGAAUACUGCUGAUAAUAUAUACACUAGUUGUUUAACUGCUGUAUAUACUUAGUUUUUAAAGCUGGGGAUUGUUCAUCUUUAGUCAACUUGGCAUUUUGAAUUGUUUAUUGUUCUUCUCCUCCCUACCCAUAUCUCCCACAAUAAAAUGAAACAUUAUGCCUUGUAUGGAUGGAUGGAUUGCAUUUGUAGCUUACCUUCUUUCUCCAAUGAGCUCAAGGUGGUAUACAUGGUUCUCUUCCCCUCCAUUUUAUCCUUACAACAACUAGUGAGGUGUAGAUUAGGCUGAGAGAUGUCGUGACUUACCCAAAGUGCCCAGUGAGCUUCAUGGCCAGGUGGGGAUUUGAACUCUGGUCUCCCAGGCCGUAGUUUGACACUGUAGCCACUACACCACCACUGGUUCUGUGGUGUAGUUUAGUUUAAAAUAUGUAAGGGUGACUGUAUGGAUUUGCAACAACAGGUGCCUUAUUCAGAAUGACUAAUGUGACCUUCCAGAUAUUUGGAUCUCUAAUUCCCAUCAGCCAGCCAUUGGACAUCUUUGGUGGUGGGAGUUUUAUUCUGUCAGCAUCUGGAGACCCACAGGUUAGCCAUCUCUAGCCUAUAAAUAAAGGAAAUCUGCAUAGUCUAUAUAGCAUAGAAUGGUUGUACCCAGUUACUAUAAAUGUGUGGUUCUUACUACUUUUUAAAAAUCCAAAAUAUAACAUAUUUCCAAAUGUUUACAAAGAAUUGGACCAUUUAAGGGAACUACUGGAUACUAUUUGUUUCAUUGUGUGCAUGUGGGUACUGCCUUUAUAUUCUUGCUAAAAAGACACCCCACAUACUGCUGUUAACAGUGGCAGUGACAGCAUUUGCAUUGUUGGGAAAAUAGAUGCAGCAGAUCAUAAAAUCAAAUUAGUUGUGUGACUUUUUAGGCAGCUGGUAAGUAAGCUAGGACUAAAGCAGACUACGUACUGAAUUGAAACUUCUUGAGGAUAAUGGUUCUGGUAGCUUUUUGGGUAAAAUUGACCAUAGUCUAGAUGAACCAUCACUAUUCUCGUCCUGUGUAUGUAUGUAUAACUCUCACUAGUCCCAGUCUAGUAUGUCUGUGUCAUUGCAGGUUGUAGUUCAAAACAAUCUGGAGGGCACCAACUUGGGGAAGGCUAUGUGUAAACAGACAAGAAGGCUAUUUUGGAUAUGUAAUCUUGAAAUGGAAUAGCAAAAUAUAGCCGCCUAACCCAUGUUAACAGAAUGUGCAUAAAAGAAAACUUUUUAAAACAAUUCACAUUAAUACCCAAUCAGAAUCAUUAUAUUUUCACAUUUUUCUGUGUAGUUGAGCAUGCAUAGACCACUUUAGCCAUUGCUAAUUAUCUGAGAAUGAAGUGUCUUUAUUUAGACCAGUGCCUUAUGUCUGUUUAUGUAAAUAGAAUGCAAUGGCUCUUUUCAGAGCUGAAAAGAAAGCAACUAGGGUUUUUUUAAAGUAGUUGUUCUGGAUAGCCCCACAAACAGAAUGAUGUUCAUUGUUGGUAGGUGUAUGCAAUGUUCUUUGCCUUUUUAAAGUUAGAUUUCAUUUUGAAAGCCUGAAAACUGAGCCAACAAUUUUUUAAAAUUUUUUGCAUUACAGUAGCUAUUUGUCUGCAUUCUUCUACAGUCAUUAUCUUCAUGUCGUUGACAUUUUCUUUCUCUGUUUGAAAAUAUUUAUUGCCCUUUAAAUAGAUUGAGAAUUUCCUUAAUCUAUUUACAGACUAAAUGAUGAUAUAAAAUGGUAAAGGUACCCCUGCCCGUACGGGCCAGUCGUGUCCGACUCUAGGCUUGCGCGCUCAUCUCGCUCAAGAGGCCGGGAGCCAGGGCUGUCCGGAGACACUUCCGGGUCACGUGGCCAGCAUGACUAAGCGGCAUCUGGCGAGCCAGCACCAGCGCCGCACACGGAAACGCCAUUUACCUUCCCGCUAUAAAGCGGUCCCUAUUUAUCUACUUGCACUUAGGGGUGCUUUCGAACUGCUAGGUGGGCAGGAGCUGGGACCGAACGACAGGAGCUCACCCCGCCACGGGGAUUCGAACCGCCGACCUUCUGAUCGGCAAGCCCUAGGCACUGAGGUUUUACCCACAGCGCCACCCGCGUCCCAAAUGAUGAUAUGCAAUAACACAAUAAGAGUAUUUCAUAAGAAUAAAUCACAUCUGUGGCUGGAGUCUUCCGUAAGGGAAGGCUUGUAUGAAACAGAAGGGUGUCAGCCAUAUGACAAAACUUGAUUUUAAAGAAUCAAGAAAGAAUUUGUUGUGCUGUUUGUCUCUUUCUCUAAGCCUCUGUGAGAACCUGUUUAAUGGAAUAAAGAAAUACCCCCUUUUUGAUUUGCAUCAAACUGCCCGGAUGGAGGGGGAAAAUAAGAUACAGUUAUUUUUAAGUGUCGAAGCCAAUGUAGCUGUUUGUUCCUCUUUGCCCAUCCUUUACAUUAAAAAAAAGGGAGGAAAUUGUAUUAGAUUUAUUCAAGUACAAUCUCCAUGACAACACGCUAAUUAAUCCCCAUCAAUCUGGCUUUGGUCCUCUUCACUGAACUUUUACUCCCCAGCUUCACUUCACAUGUCAUAUCUGCUGAGCUUUGGAUGAAGGUCAUUUACAGGUACAUUUAUUCUUCACAUAAAGAAUCCCAUUUAAUGCACAAAACCACUCUUCUUAUUUUACCAUCUAGCUUAUAGUAUAGCUCUUCCCCCUUUUUUGUUUCUCAUAACCUCUUUUCAUGCUACAUUCAACCUAUUUGCAUAUUUCUGACCAUUGUGUGUAGGAAUGAGCUAACAAAUGCAAGUAAUGCUACUUAAGCUAAGAUGUUUAUGUAUUUCGAGGGCAAGCCUUUUAGCGGUUGUCUGUUCAUCCCAAUAACCCUAUUGUCACAAUUCCUACAUCAGUUUCUUCAAUUAAAAAACACAUUUUCGUCAUUUCAAGGGUGGGGGGCCAAAUACACAAUUCUUCCCAGUCAUUUAUCAGAUUUCCUUCCCUACUUCUCAAAAACAGCAAAAGAGGCUUAAAUUAAUGUGAAAUACUAAAACAAUUAAAAUGAAACACACAGCAUGUAACUCUCAAUACACUAAUAAACAGAAUCCACACGAAAAGUGCCACAUUUAAAAGGCAACCAAAACAUAGCAUGAUGGGGAGCAUCUAGCCCUCUAGAUGUUGUUGACUUCCAUCUCCCAUCAGCCCUGUCCAUUUUGGUUGAGGCUGAUGGAAGUUGAAGGUCAAUGACAUCUGAAAGGCCACAUGUUUUCUAUAACAUGUUUAAAGUCUGCUUUCCAGAGCAAAGUGCAUUGUUUUCUUUAAGAAGAAGAAGGGAAAAAUGAGAAAUCCCAUAUACCAUACCAUACUACAUCUGAAGUGAAGGAUAAUUCUAAAAGGUGGGAGCCAAUAGAAAAGUCAAUAAGGGUUUCACAGAGAUCUUCGGUGGCUCAUAUUAAGAGAUGUUCCCUGAAGGCCAUCUUCAGAUGCUUUAAAGAAGCUGCAACAGGAAGUUUCUGGUGUAUUUUUAUUUUGUUUUGUAUUUUCUUAUUUCGUUUUUUUGAAGCAAAGUGUUGUUUGUUUGUUUAAAGUGGCAAUAGAGGAAGUAUGAGUGGCUCAUGCUUACUUUCUGUGAAGAGGGGAGAGUUGAGAAUAUCCUUGUGGGGAGGAGGAUAUGUGUACCUUUUCAUCCUCCUAUACUUGACCUGAAAGUGGUAGAAGAACAUCUGUAGUGGAUCAAUUUCUGGGUUCUACUUUCUGAGAUGUUUGACAAAACAAGCACCUGCAUAUAGCUGACUUUGUAAAUUCUGUAGGGUGACUGGUAGAAUUAGGAUUGCACUCCUGGGAUUCUGUCCCAUUGAGCUCAGUGGGCAUUACUUUUGAGUAGACAAGAACAGGAUAACAGUGUUAAUGAAUUAAAAUGUAAACCUUAUUUCCACCCAUUUUUGUUCAGUUGUCUGAACUGUUCACUACAAGACUGUAAGUUUAACUUGACACUUUUUUAUCUUAGUACAGUCUGUCUACCCAAAAUCAAAAAGAUCUGUUCACUUUAUGUAGUUUAGAGGCUUGACUCUGCUGCCUUGCCUGUGUCAAAUUUUAUUUUUCAAGUACAGUAAUGCCUGGAUUGCUGGUGUCUCCUUCUCAUGCAUGCACACAUGUUUCAAAGAACUGUGAACCUGAUUCCGUGAGCCCAAGAAGCUUUAGAUUUAUUUUUCUCAAAUAUCAGCCCCAACCCAUCCAAUAUCACAUAAAAAAAACACUUUUUGAACGGUGGGAGUUUCAAAAACAGUUUGUGAUACAGCUGAGGGCUCAACAGUUCAAAAGAAAAAAACCUCAAAGUGUUCACUAGACUAGUGUUAUGACCCUUUUAUAAGCCCAAGCGUCUCAGAUUCCUCAACCUCAAUUUUUUUGAAGUUUGUGAAAUAAACUAGAUAAUUAAUUCCUGAAAUUCUGAAUUUUCUAUAGAGUUUGAUUUUGAAAGUGAAUGGAAUUUCCAUUGCCUUUCCCCACCUAUGCGCUAGCUUCUUAUCCUGUCCACAGAAUAUCCUGUGGCUAAAAGACAGGAUGGAAUUCAGUGCAAAACAAGGAAUUUAGAAGCUGCAUUUCCCCUCACUGAUUUUAAAUUCAAAAACUUCUGUGUUCUAUAUCUUGUUGGCUGUCUUUUCGGUGGGUCUGAUAUCAGCUAUAAAACUUGUAGAAUGUCUUGAGACAAAGAAAGUGUUUGAUGCAGAAAAGACAUUAACGUUGGUGCAGGUGAUGUCGUGACCUACAAAACCCUUUCCGUGGGCUCUACCCAUCUAAAUGCAGAGUGGAGAAUUUGGGCAGCCUUUGAUAGAAGACAGUCCUUCCGAUAUCCAGGAUGGUUGUCUGCUGCUGAUUUAAUUACUAGAUUAAACCCAAGAUGAAUCUCUGGAUGGCUAAGACAGUAAAAUGCGCAUAGCUGUGUCUUAGAGCAUUGCAUUAAGUGCAAUUAAAAAAUGCAUAGAACAGACUUGGGAACUGGUGUGAAAAAUUACUAGAAAUAUAUACGUAAAAAAUUCACUUGUGGGAUAGUAGAAUCUCUUUUAAAAGAGUGAAAGGGAUGGAUUCUAUGCUGAGUGUGUAAAUGCCACGUCCAGAAGAAUACUGGUCUGGAAGAACCACCCUAUCUCUCAUUUUUCUCUGUUUGCUAGAUGAAAUUCACUUAGGGGUUGUAUUUUGUAGCUUACUGGCUGAAUAAGUCUCAUCAAAUGGAAGAACAAUGUCAACACCUUGUUGACAUGUUGGUCUAUGCUAAAAUUUGUUAUAGACUGUGAAUAUAUUGUUCCUCUCAGUGCUGAGCUGAUGAAACCUUUGUGCAGCACAGAAGCAGAAAUCAAGGAAUGUGAGCUAUGUAUUGUGGGAAGAAAAAAAAGUAGCUUCAAUUUGUAUUGCUCUUCUUUAAAAAAAAAUUCAACCCAAGUGGGCAUUUAGAAUGCAAUUUUAACUUUUUAUUUCCUUUUAUCUUUCCUCUCUCCCUCAACAUGCUGUGCCACAUUUCCAAAGAUUGCUGUGUUCACUGUAUCUUGUCCUGCUUGUUCUGCGAAUUCGUCACCCUCUGUAGCCUUGUCCUGGGACAAGCGUCAUGUGGGGUCUGCCCAGUAGAAGCCUGCUGUUGCUGCUGUGGAGAAGAAAUGGGAGAUGACUGCAACUGCCCGUGUGAUAUGGACUGUGGCAUAAUGGAUGCCUGUUGUGAAUCAUCAGACUGUUUGGAAAUUUGUAUGGAAUGCUGUGGGAUUUGUUUCCCAUCAUGAUAACUUUUUAUCACUUUUUUCUGCUUUCUUAAAAAACAUCAACAACAUAACUGGAGAGGGUUCAAGUUUUUGUGUGUUUCUCUGAAAUAAAACAACAGCCGCUUUCAAAGGACACAUUUAGACACUCUUGCAGCAACCUGGUUUUCUGCACUGUUAACUUGAUUUUAUAAACAAUUGUUGAAGAAAAGCAAACUCAUAAAAACAAAUGCUUGAUGGUCUAAUUUUCUGUAGUGGGUUGUUGACUGUGCAAAGACCUGCUCAUGCAGGUAAAACAACCAUUGGUGGUUGUUCCUGGAUAAAGACAAAAGGGUUUUAGCCCUUUGUAGUUUCCUGUUGUGUGCAGGCAGGGGGUUGACAGAGUUUACCACCCCUUCACUAACAAACAAGUUACUAGAAGAGAUAGAAAACAGCAGAGUUGGAACAAAGUAACAACAAUUUCAUGAGGGCUUUCCACUUAAGUGAAUCUCUUGGUGGGAAAUAUUUGUAAUGGGGUUUUCUGUUUUUUAAAAAAAUAUUUUUACUGUGUUUUUUGUUUUAACAGCAAUGUGAACAAAUAUUUUAUUUUCUCAUCUGUAGAUUUAUAUAAUUUAAGUUUUAUCUAAAGUGCAUCACGAACAAACUGAUUCAUAUUUUACAAUACAUGUCUACUAAAUAAACAACUCCAGUUGAGAUCAGUGGUGCUUACUUUGCAGUAAGUACAAUUGCAACUUUAAAGCGCUGUUCACCCCAUCAAAUUACUAUACUAUACAACUAUACAGUUGAUUCACAACUUGCAUGGAGGUUACAUUCCAGGAAAAGUUGAAAUCAGGUACAUAGUCAUGGAACCACACUUGUGUGCAUCCCUACAUUUCUGAAGCUGAUGCACUGAGUGUGUUUUGCCUCCCAUGCAAGGAGGAGAGAUUUUAAACUCUCAAAUUUGCUUACAAAACUCUGAGAAGCUCUUGUGGGGUCAUCCAAGAUCUCUUAAGAGCUUCCCAGAGUCCAGUAAGCAAGCCUGAGAGCUUAAAUGUUCUUUUCACGCCAGGCUUUCCUGGCACAAGUUAAAUGUGUGCAAAUUUCCUGGCACAAGUUAGAUGUGCAAGGUGUGACUUCUCUGUAUUUAAGAAAAACUAAUUGGAAGUGUGAUGACAAUUCAGGGAAGUGCCGUGUGUUUCCUUUUACCCCCAUCCUCCAAGUCUUGCGCAUAAAUUUUUUUGGGUAUUUUUAUUUAAGACAGCAAAUGCAGAAAUGUUGAUGUUUCACACAGCAGUCAUGUUAAGAAUAAAGGGGAACUGGGUAAGACUUCCUACACAGGAAAUGCUUCCCAAUGAAUUGAUUAAUAAAGCUGAUAUUUUUUAAGUUUUAAAAUGUUGUGUGAUUGUUUGAUAAAGUAUUUGAAGUUAUUUAAAGAAGGAAUAUCAUACUAUUGUAUCUUAAAAGUAGCAGCUUUGUAGUAAACGUUUAGGAGUGAACAGCACACUUUGGAAAUUAAAUUUGCCCUAAAUAGUUCUCAUGGCAUAAUUGAAAUCUAACCCAGUGCAUUGACUGACUUCCAGAUUUCCAUACACUGGUGCUAAUUUACUGUGACUUCCAAGAGUUUUUAUGUGACUCAUUAAUUCAGUUUAAUUCAGCUACCUGGUUAACCUGAUUUUUCCUCGUAAGUCCAAAUUUCCCAAUGGCCUGUUGGUUUGGUAAUGUUUGACCUUUGUCUGUAGGUUAUGCUUUCUUGAUCCAAACACAGUGGCAACCAUUCCUUUUAUUGUAACAAAUGACCCAUGUGUGUGGCAAAUAAAAAUUCCAGGAAAAUGAAAAGUUAAGCCUGAACCUUCAAACACUGAUUUACCAAUGCUUACUACUGAGUUGUUACUGGAAAAGAAAAUGUUAAGAAUAUACUUGGGUAUUCUAUGGAGCUACCUGCUUGCUUCUCAAUACAUUUGACUUGAUAAUGCAGAAGGAGUGCCUUUCUCUCCUCCUCUGGUAGCUUUCCCCUUUUCUCUUUUGUUGCUGCUGCAACUGUAGGAUUGGAUUCUGAUCUUUCCUGCACUGUACUUCAGAGAGAGAGAAAAUGUCAGUAAAAUGUUAUUUUUAUAGUGGCAUGAUUUCAUGGAUGUUUUAGAAAUGGAAUUUUUUUAGAACAAACAAAUUUGAGUAGACCAGUAAGCUCCGGGUUAAGGCAGAGGGGGACUCAGUUAUGCCUCCUAAAAGUAAGGAGCAUAUCUAAAGACAGAAGUAGCACAUAGAUUGAAUGGUGGUGCCCAGAGGGCAACUGGGAAAGGAGGAUACCAUGGGGAACAAGAUGGACAUGUGGUACAUUGGCCAGCUUUUGCUGUUGCAGAAUUGGCAAAUAGAGAGUGAUAUACACUGCCCUGAUCAAGGUUACCCCAGUCUUUGACGUAGGUAUUCAGUGUCGCCAGACAAACCAACAACCAAAAACACUAUUGGAGCACAUUUAGUGAAACGAGCAUUUCUGUUUUGGAACUUUUGUUUUUUGUAUGUUGCAACCAUUAUUAUAUGGCUUUGACUCCUCCCCCCCAAGUUAUUAUGUAUCAAGCUUUAAUUAAUCCAAGAAUAUUUAAGGAGAAUCCAGUAUCGCUCUUCAAAAAUGAAUUACUGUACAUAUCUGUUCGUACUGUGUUUUCAUCACCUUUGAUAGUCUAUUUGUAAUUCUUUUUACCUUAUAGAACACUUCAUGAGCAGAACUAGUGUCACACUGUUAGUUCAAAUAUGAAAAUUAUGGGAACUGUACUGAACUCCUCCUCCUAGAAUGUGAUUUCAGUAUUAAAGGAAAUGCAAGGGUUGCAUCUAUUUUGUUGUUAAAAUUUCUAACUACUCCACUAUAGCACUUCUUUAUGCAGUCUUCAAGUGCAAAAUACUCAAUAGUGGAAGUUUUCUAGCUUGGGACAUAUAAAGCCUUCAAAUGAUUGGGAGUUAUCAUAUGAUUAUUAACACUUUUUUUAUUCCAAAAAUAAAAAAUUGUGUGAAUUGUUUGACAUGCUAAAUAUAUCCUGCUACUAUGUGUCAUAGAAAUAUUAAUGGUGUGUAAUAUUUAUCUCCACAGGAGAGCACAUUAGUGAAUAGUUUUAAGAAACUUUUUUCUAUGUUUAGUUUCUUAAAAUUCUUCCAUCACUUAGCCUUUCUGGAGCCAACCUUUUGGGAACCAUCUAUGAUUAAAAGUUAAGCAGUGCAAAAGUGCAGUUAAAGUAACAAUUUUCUUGUCAUCUAAUCUGUCCAUUUAACGAAGACAGAGGUCCUCAGUUAAUAUGGAAUUGUGAACUCUUCCAUAUAUAUUUUUUUUAUAAAAAAAAGCUUGUUACUUGCUCUAUGACCUUUCUGUUAACUGGAUCAUUUGAUAUUAAACACUAUUUUGAAAUAAAGAAAUUUAUUUUGAAUC